AUGGACGUGCAACCCCAAGAGGUUCCGUCCGGUUCCGGUUCAACCGCGGGGAUCGCCUCGAGGAAGCGUGGUAACACAGCAAGCGAGAGCGAGGACACCGAGCUGUACUCCGCAUCAGGCGAUGAGUCCUCCGAAGACGGCUUUCAACCUCUGUUGUACCGCAAGGCCAAACGAAGAAUCAUCAACGCAUCGUCGGCGUCAAGCACAACCACUGUGAAAACUGCGCCCCAGCGUUGGCCCCACUCCAUCCUGUUUGUGCCACAGAACGCUAUCGACAAUCUGCGUGUCCUCAACAGCCGAGGUACUGCCCAGGUUUCUACCAGCAGUAAUGACUACCGUAUCGUCCUGCCCCGUCUUCCAACUGGUAAGCUCGUCGCUGACUCCGUUUUCCUGCAUGCAGACCUUGCUGGCCGCCCAUACCGAGCGCAGGACUUUCGAGAUGCCCUCCGGAAUAUCAUAGACCUUGCUGAUAUAACCUCGAUCGGGCAAUUUCAAAUGUCACAUGUCUGGAUGGUGACUUGCAGGACUGCGCUAUCUAAAGUGAAGAUAGUAACCUGUGGUGAAUUAUUUGUUCGAGGACGAAGAUGCGUCGUUAUAGACCCUGAACCCACGGAAGUUAAAAUGAAGCUGUUAUGGCUCCCUGAACGCCUGGAAGAUAUUUAUGUGCACGAAGCCUUUCAGCCUUUCGGAAAGAUCAAGUCGAUUUCAGCGGAAACUUGGAGGGUGUCAGAAAUGGAACAGAUGAGGACCCUUAACCGAGACGUUGUACUGGCACUUGGUGACGGAGUCUGUGUCUCCGACAUCCCACAUCUGCUCUCAGUUUGUGGUCUACAAAGCCUAGUGCUGAUUCCCGGCAGGCCACCUUUAUGCCUUCGUUGCAACAAAGUAGGACAUAUUCGUCGACACUGCAGGACACCACGCUGCGAAGAUUGUCGGCGGUUUGGACACACGGCUGAAGAAUGUGUGGCGACGUAUGCCAAUAAAUUACGACAUCGCAUGCGACCACCUGAAGAUUCGUUUCCAGAACAUAUCAUGGACGCUACGGAAGUCCUCGAUGCAACGGGAGACCUUCCACAUGCUGCCGUCGCUGAGCCCUGUGCUGUUGACAAGGACGCAGCUAGUGACUGUGCUGGAGCGGAGAACUCUAAACAAGCGUCAAACACCGUAGAUGUGACAGACAGCGGAGAGAAGGAAGCAGUACCUGCACAUGAGUCAGUAUUGACACAAAAGGAAAGCCUCUGA